AUGGAUCCUGACAUUAUCGAAGAGCUAGACAAGAUCAAGGACUGGGCGCCACAGAAAUGUCCCGGCACCGACCUGUUAUGCGGUAUCUGGGCGUCAGCCGGUGUCAUUGCGCACGCUGAGCAGCCGAGCCUCAAGAACCACAAGCUACUCAAGUACAACCAGUUCGUUGCCUUCACUUCUCUUCGUGACCUCUUCGGCGGAAGUGCCUACCGGGACGCCGUCGAAAACCUUGGCCUUAGUGGUGACGAGAAAAGCGAGCUGCUUUCAAUAGAAUUUCUCAGCGACGAUCAAAUCAUAUUGCUCAUAGAGCUUUACCGUCAAAAAGUCGAACAACUUCCCAAGGACUUCCGCGUCGGUAUUCGCCACUACCUUGAACCUGAAUCUGCACAUCCGUUCUCAUACUUGGCGAAGUCUGAACCUCAACGCGCUCCGAUUUACUGGUUUAUGAAUCGGUGGGGAGUUCAUUGGGAGCCAAUCACUCCAGUCCUCAACUCGGUCGACAUCUCCGAAGAUGGACGUGCCCUUGACCUCGACGAGGAAGACCCUUGCAAGACCGGCGCUGAACCUAUCAUUUCUUACGACCCAUUACCUAAUCUAGUUGGCAUUGAUGCUGUGACCAUGGGCAAAAUCACCGAGGAGACUCGUCUCAUGGCUUUGAACAUCCCGGACUCGAAAGACAAAUCGGCCUGGUCAGCUACUCGAGAUAUUCAUCACCACAAAUGCCAAAUUAUCUCAGGCCAUGACCCUAAGGGUCCGGUACCUACAUGUCCUGCCGGAAGCACCAGAGAUAACAAGUCCAUAAACUUGUCAAUUGCUUUUGGAUCACUGGAACUGAACCUGUAUAUCCAGCUGAAGAUCAUGACGUACCGUACAAUUCCAUCUGCAGAGGCCACAUUGUUGCAUUCAGGUACGGUGAGGUUUCCGUUCGGAAGGCUCUACAGGCAGAAAGAUGGUUCUAUCGAGGCUAGAGACAACAACACUGGAAAGUACGAGACCAUACGUGGUUGCUUAGGAGUCAGCAUUGGUCCACUUCAGGACAACAAAUCGAUCACGGUCAAAUUCACUGCGAACUUCGGAGCCAUGGAUCAUCUCAAUGUCUCUCCGAGCAUCCGCUCUGAAAUGUUCGAGAAGGAGUUGCAGCUCAUCAGUUUUCUUCCACGACUCACGCGUCCUCGCUGUCCCAUUGAUGUGACUCUCAGGGUUUUUCUCACCGAAAAAGAGAGAGGUACACUAAACAUGGGUCGGGUCCCAGAUUUCAUCACUUUACUCAAAUAUAUAAAUGAUUUUCCGGCCAUGCACGAGCCCCCCUACAAACCAUACCUUCGGGAGUCUGGGUUCCCGGAAACAUCUGCCAACCUCAUGAAGCCAAUCUUCCAUAGGCUUAAUCAUGGCUCACCGCACAUGCCAGUGAAAGUGUUCAAUCAGUUUCUAGACCCGAUCGAGGCAGAGGUCCACCUGGCUUUUGAUGUAGACACCGAGCACGUAGAACAAUAG